AUGACUGAGGCCGUACCGGGGCAGAGCGUGGGCAUCGAUCUGGGCACGACGUACUCGUGCGUCGGCGUGUGGCAGAACGACCGCGUGGAGAUUAUUGCAAACGACCAAGGAAACCGCACGACGCCAUCGUAUGUGGCGUUCACGGACUCGGAGCGUCUGAUUGGUGACGCGGCGAAGAACCAAGUUGCUAUGAACGCACACAACACGGUGUUUGAUGCCAAGCGUUUGAUCGGCCGCAAGUUUUCGGAUCCCGAAGUGCAGUCGGACAUUAAGCACUGGCCGUUCAAGGUGACUCGCGAUUCGGCGGACAAACCUCAGGUGGUAGUGCAGUUUAAAGGGGAGACCAAGACGUUCCAGCCUGAGGAGAUCUCGUCUAUGGUGCUCAUCAAGAUGCGUGAGAUUGCGGAAGCGUAUAUCGGCAAGCAAGUGAAGAAUGCAGUGGUGACGGUCCCUGCAUACUUCAACGACUCGCAGCGUCAGGCGACCAAAGAUGCUGGAGCCAUUGCUGGGUUGAACGUGCUGCGUAUUAUCAACGAACCAACGGCUGCCGCGAUCGCCUACGGCCUGGACAAGAAGGGCGGCGAACACAAUGUGCUAAUCUUCGAUCUGGGCGGCGGCACGUUUGACGUGUCGCUGUUGAGCAUCGAGGACGGCAUUUUUGAGGUGAAAGCCACUGCUGGUGACACACACUUGGGCGGUGAAGACUUUGACAACCGCCUUGUGGAUCACUUUGUCUCCGAGUUUAAGCGGAAGCAUCGCAAAGAUAUGACGUCGAACCAACGUGCUCUGCGUCGACUUCGCACGGCAUGCGAGCGAGCCAAGCGGACCUUGUCCACUUCUGCGCAAGCGUACAUUGAGAUUGAUUCGCUUCUUGACGGCAUCGAUUUCAACACGACCAUUACGCGAGCGAGAUUUGAGGAUCUAUGCGCCGAUUUCUUUCGCAAGACUAUGGAGCCAGUCGCCCAAGUUUUGCGCGACUCGAAGCUGUCGAAAGGCGAAGUGCACGAGAUCGUCCUGGUCGGUGGCUCCACUCGCAUCCCGAAGGUGCAGCAGUUGCUGACCGAUUUCUUUAACGGAAAGGAAUUGUUCAAGUCGAUUAAUCCGGACGAAGCUGUGGCGUAUGGAGCGACCGUCCAAGCUGCAAUUCUGAGUGGCGGUGGGGCCUCUUCCAAGCUGCAGGAUCUUCUGCUGUUGGAUGUAGCACCUUUAUCGCUUGGAUUGGAGACGGCAGGCGGAGUCAUGACCAAGCUCAUUCCGCGCAACACUACGGUCCCUGCGAAGAAGUCGCAGUCAUUCUCGACGUAUGCCGAUAAUCAGCCCGGUGUACUGAUUCAAGUGUUUGAAGGUGAGCGCGCGAUGACGCGCGAUAACCAUCUUCUAGGCAAGUUUAGCUUGGAUGGCAUCCCGCCUAUGCCACGUGGUGUGCCUCAGAUUGACGUCACAUUUGACGUUGAUGUGAAUGGCAUUCUAAACGUGUCAGCGGUCGAGAAGUCGACGGGGAAAGAGAACAAGAUCACGAUUACAAAUGACAAAGGCCGGCUGUCACAGGCCGAGAUUGAUCGCAUGGUGAACGAUGCGGAGACGUACAAGGACCAAGACGAACGCAACAAACUGCGUGUCGAAUCGAAGAAUGGACUGGAGAAUUAUGCGUUUUCACUGCGCACCUCAAUGAAUGACGAGAAGAUUGCAACGAAACUUAGCGCCGACGACAAAAAAAUUGUCGAGGACAAAGUCGCGGAGGUUUUGCAAUGGCUUGACGCGAACCAUUCGGCUGAGAAGGAAGAGAUUGAUGCGAAGCAGAAGGAGCUUGAAGGGGUAGUGAACCCCAUUAUGCAAAAGAUGUACGCUGCGGAAGCUGGUGUUGGAAUGGGUGGAGGUGCUACCGGUGCGACAGGUCCCGGUGCGUCUUUUGGUGCGGAGGACAAAGAGGGCCCAAAAAUUGAAGAGGUGGAUUGA